GCAGCUUGUAUCUCUGGCGAAUAUCUAAAUGGCUUCAUUGGAUUCUUUUCAACUCCAAAAUUUCCGAGUAACUACCCCCAAUACAGCAGAUGUACCUGGAAUAUCACAGUUCCUAGCGGGUACAUCAUUAAACUUAGCUUCCUUUAUUUUCGAUUGGAGCCCAAUCAGUACAUUCCCUGCUAUUAUGAUGCUCCAGGAGCCCGUGUUACAGUCACAAAUGUUGCUUCAGAUGAUGGGUAUCAGCCGUUCAUGCUGUGUGGUCAGUCUCUUCCUCAUCCAGUGUACUCGGUAGGGAAUUCCGUUCAAGUCAUAUUCACGUCUCUGAACAGUCAAUACCCAGGGUUUAAAGCAACUUACACGGCGAUCUCUUAUAGUUCAGGUACGUGGUAUACGUUAUUCAUAAGACAUCAAUGAUUGAGUUAAGAUUACAAAAAAACAUCACCAACAACAACUCGCUCCAUAAAACGUGAACCAAGAAAGUCUUGAAUUCUGAAUUCCAUGGCGUGGAUUCUGGAUUCCGGUUGUCAGUGGCAUUUAGAUUGCGGAUUCCAAUUAUAAGUAGGAGUCUGGUUUCUCGAGUAGAAUCACAGAUUCCAAAUUCCAGGAUUCCGCAUUCUAGAAGCACGUUUUGGAUCAUUUUACGUUUCUGGGAAACUGCCCACCUACCCCUCACCUAAGCCGACAUUAAUACUUACUUUAACUUAAGGCAAAAUGUUGGCUCGGGGGAGGAGUAGGUGACCAGUUUCCCAAAAACGUAAAAUGAUCCCACAUUUUUUCUCCGAUUCCGGUAUUCCGAUUACCUUUCCCUGGAGGGAAACAACAGCCAUAAAGAAACAAAAAAAUGGAGCUAGAUCGAUCUCACACUUAUUCAGGCAACUUCGGUACUUACCAGGCGAUCAAAAAAUUGACUCAGAAAAUAUUGACGCAUUACUGCUUGAAAAUGUGGAAGAACAAAAGAAGAAUAACGAAAUGCCAAAACUAGAUAUUGCUAGGAUAUUGCAUUCAACUAAAUUUAAAGAACAAGUUUGUUUCAAGUUUGUCUUUAUUUGUACGAAAGUCUGAUGCUCGAGAAGUAUCAGUUGCUACGUGGAGAUGAAAAUUUUGUCAGCCAAAGAGGACUCUUUCACCAAUUUGAAGUUUAAAGUUCAGAGUCAACAAAGAAGGAUUAAAUUACCGAAAAUACCGUGGCUUGACGCCUUAAAAUUACCAAGAAAUACGGGAGAAAAUAAACUCGUGGUGGAAAAAAAGUGUUGUAGUAGUAUUCGUAAUCGAUGGCAGGAAGCAAGAUGUGUAGUGUCUUACGGAUUUAACCAAGGAUUGAAUCGGAUUUAACCAUCAACACACACACCAUCAUGCAAACAUGUGUAUUCAGUCAUUAUAUUACAUUCAGAGCACAUGCUCGAUAAUAUAAACAUGGGGGUUGGGGACGGUAGACCUAAAUAUUCAUAUACUGCUUUCCUCCCUUCUUCGAAUUAAUUGUUGGGUUAAAAAAAAAAAACCAAUAGAAAAUAAAGCCUAGCUAACAAUGUAUACAAAUGUCUCUAAGUGCCCUACAGAAAUCCUAAUACGACUGAACACUCCAAAGUGGUUUCAGUGGAAAUACAACAAAACAUAAGAAACGGUUCAAGUUCAGUUCAGAGUUCCUGUUCUCAAAGUCUCAAAGAUCUGCUCUGAAUCAAGCUGAAUAAAGCCUAAAACAUAGCCUUGAAAUUUAGACGGUAAUCUUUUGACUCUUGUUGGACGUAAGGUGACAGAAUCUCUUUGCUCCAUAGUAGCAUCAUCUGAACGUGUGUACUCCAAUGGGCCGUCCUCACUUGCUCUCUUAGAGGAAACAUUUACAGUUUCUCUGGACUCUUGGUUUGAUAAACUUUGUGCUGCUCUCUGAGCCUCUGAAGCAUCUGUUGACUUACUUGUGUCUGAUAAUACAUCAUAAUCUCGCUCCAAAUACUUCUUCACAUGGGUUACAUUCUGUAAAGGGAGACUGUAUGUAUUGCGUUGACAGUUUGUUCUCUUUCUCCUGUCUCAGUAACACCUUAUCACCUUCUCGAAUCUCACUUUCACGUGCAUUCUUUUGGCAUUCUGCAUACACCUUUCCCUUUGCUUUUCUCCCACCGUCGCGAUCUCGAUCCUCAUCUUCGAUGCCGAACUCUUGGAGAUGGGGUAGUUUGGUCCUGAUACGUCUUCUAAAUAAUAGUUCGGCUGGGCUCACCCCAGUAAUAGAAUGUGGAGUACUGCGAUACAUCAUUGAGAAGCUAUCCAUUUCUGAUUUCCAGUUGCGACCCUCUGCUUGAGCGAUACGCAGGCUACUGCGGUUUUGUCUUUCUUUUUCACCGUUGGCUUGCGGCCAUAAGCGUGCGGUUCGUCUAUAUGUUCAAUUCCGUUUUCCUCCAAGUACUUCGUAAAACGUCACUUGUAAAAUGCAGACCAUUGUCGGUUCUUAAGGAAAGGCUGCGGCUUGCAUAACUAAUAACCCGCAGUUCUUCUCCUUGCUCUUGAACUAGCACGGCCCCUAAGCCUACAGGGCUUGCGUCAGCGAUCACCUUAGCCGGUGCAUUCUUAUCAAAGUAUCCAAGUGUCUCUGCACUGAACAGUCGCUUCUUUAACUCAUCAAAUGAUUACUGUUGCUCCGGCCCUCACACAAAUGGUUCUCCACUUUUUGUAAGCUGGCGGAGGGGUGCAGGUACUGUUGCUAUGUUUUGAAUAAACCGUGCAGUGAAAUUGACCAGACCAAAGAACCUUCGUACUUCCGCAGCAUUCGUCGGUUCACAAGCAUCAACAACAGCCUUUACUUUAACAUCUGCUGGACCAAUUCCACGUGCCGACAAAACAUGACCCAUGAACUCCAAAUGUGACAUCUUAAACUGACACUUGUCUCGGUUCAGUAUCAACCCCCUGCCGCUCAGUACUCGAACCACAUUCUCAAAUCUUUUGUCAUGUUCCUCCUCAGUGGGUGCAUGUACUAUUACAUCCUCAAGAAUAUUAUGAGCUCCGUCACACUCUUGCAGGACUUGGUGAAGUACCAUCUGGUACAUCUCAGGUGCACAACUUAUACCGAACAUGAGUCGUUUGUACCGGUAAAGUCCCUUGUGUGUGCCAAAUGUAGUGAUAUCCCUUGAUUCGGGCGACAGUUCUAUCUGAUGAUAGGCGGAGGUAAGAUCCAACUUGCUAAAGAACUUGCUCUGGUUCAGAUCUUGUAAAACUUCGUCAGUGGUGGGUAUUGGGAGACGCCCUCGUUUUACUGCCGUGUUGGCUUGUCGCAUAUCCACACACAAACAAAUAUCACCUGAGGGCUUGGGCACCACUACCACUGGUGAGACCCACGAGCUUGGUCCACUCACUUUUUCAAUGAUGUCUAGUUCCACAAGUUCAUCCAGUUUGGUACUCAGUUUAUCACGUAAGUAGUAAGGGACCUUCCUAAUCGGUUGUGCCACAGGCUGUACCUUUGGGUCAAUCGGGACUAUUAGCUAGAAAUCUUUCAUUUUGCCAAUUCCUUCACAUCCCAUCCGUAGAAACCUCUGGUGAAUUCACGUGAGCUCCCAGCUUCAAACCUCCUAGAGAAAUGGCAGUUUCCUGCCCAAGGAGGGCGUGUCCCUCAUUUUCAUUGACAACAAAUUCCACGCCAAUUAACACACUCUCUCUAUCAGACACUUCUGCGGUAAAAAUGCCUGCAACUUGUAGUGGCUGAUUACUACCACAUGCAUACAACUUCUUUGAAGCCUUAGUCGACACACAUGCAACCUUAUUUGCUUUCAGAUAUCCCCAUACAUUACGACCUAUGACAUUGCAACUAGCACCAGAAUCAAUAAUCAUUGUCACUGGUAAACCUCCUACCUUCACAGGAAUUUUCCCAUCACUUGAAAUAUUAGAAUCAUCUAAAAUGCCAAAAGCAUAUUCACAAUCAUCACCCUGAGUACCGUCAGUUUCUACCUGCCUUACAUGGUGAGAUGCACCUCCCUUCUUUCCGACGUCUGUUUUACGCGGCCCUCCAGCUCCUCGACCACUGGUUUGCUUCUCUUUAGUUUUACACACAGCCUCAAAAUGUCCUGAUCCAUAACAAUUCCUGCACUGUUUCCCUCUCGCUGGACAACGACGAUCGUUGGCUUUACGUCCAAUAUAUCCACAACAAAAACAUUUGACUUUUCUGGCGCUCGCAUCCUCUUUGUAAUUCGUCUUCCCCUCACACUAUUCACUUCACUACGGACCUCACCACUUCCUCUUUCGAUUGAACGGGCCUGUUUUUCAGAUUCCUCCAUAGAACUAACAAUUUCGCUCAAUUGUGGCAGUGUCAAGUUUCGACCCUUCUGAAGUAACUUCCGACGGAGUUCGUGCACAAGCAUUUGCUUAUCACUUGAUCACGAAUUUGCUCAUCCACAGUUGCAGCGUCUCCGAAUUCGCAGGCUUGGGCUUUUUGUCUCAGUCUAGUAUUAAACUGUUCGACAGUUUCGUUUGUCAGUUAACUUGUUUCACGAAAACAAAGCCUUUCAUACGGAACAUUUGCUUGGGGUUUGACAUAUUUAUUCAAGGUCGCCUUUACUUUGUCAUAACUAUCUGACCCUCCUUCUUCGGUCAACGUGAAAUAAAUAUCUUGCAAAUUUAAUUCGGCAGUAUGCAGCAAUAAAGCCUUCUUCUGAUUGACAUUUUUGACUUCUUUUCCCGUCGCAAACAAUUCAAACGCGCGAAGCCAUCUUUCCCAGCGUGCGGAAAUACACCAGCAGUUUCUGAACAGUCAAACGGCUUUAAUCCUUGUGCAUCGCUUAAAUAUACACUUGCCAUCUCGAUGAACUUCUUCAAAUGACCGUCCUCGUCGCCAAAAUGUAGUGUCUUGCGGAUUUAAUCAAGGAUUGAAUCGGAUUUAACCACCAACACACAAACCAUUGCUGCUCGUGCAAACGUGUGUAUUCCAUUCUCGUCCCCAGAGCCACUCGGGUUAGUUUGGCUCUUGAAGCAACGGAAAAUACGAAUUUUUUCAUUGGCUGAAGGGAAUUGAAUGCCCAGAACAAAUUUAAAAAAAUUCUACUGCGCAUAACAGUUUAUAUCCUGCCCUUUCGAACAGCAAACAUGAAAUGCGUGUCUGGUUUACGUCGAUCGCGACAAUCCUGUUUUGUUAGCAAGUAAAUUCUGCAAUGCAGUAGCAGUGAAAAAGAGAACUGAAGGUCAAGUUUGAGAGGUUUCAACGAGAACCACGAGCCUUAACAAAGAACGUUUGCCUUCGUUGUGGGCUAAUAAUCUCUCGCGUUCGGGAUACUGAAAGGAGAAGUGAAUGGUUAGCCCUUGCUCACAUAGAUUAAAAGUUAAAAAUCGAGCAAUCGACCACACUUGUUUGGCGUUAUUAAAUACGUAUUAAAUAUAAUCAGUCUGUCUAAUUCUUCUGGAUAUUCGUCUGUGCUACAGUAAGAGAGGAAAUCAAGCUCAAGGACUACAUUACAGAAAUGAUGUGUACGUAAUAAUAAGUUUGUUACAAUGUGCUUUUGAUUUAUUGUUUUUUUUCUGCUGAAAGUACAUCUCCUUUGUUAUACUAAUAGGUGAAGAUAAUUUUCUGUUACAAGCCUUUGAGCUCUGAUGUCAGUGUACAAAGCCAGAACUGAAUAGCUUAUGAAUCUUUUGGGCUGCAUGCAUGAUGAUGAUGAUGAUGAUGAUACCUUUAUUAAAGUGCCAAAAACUGUAAUAGCGGUGUAUAACCACUAAGUGGGGACACUAAAAUAAAUUAAAAGAGAAUAAAUCAAUUAAUAAAUUAAUUAAAAUUAAGAAAAACUAUGUACAGUAUGAGCAAGUGAGAAAUUCGAGUGAACUAUACCUAAUAUGUACAAAUGUAUCCAUUAUCUUAUAAAAAAUGAGAAAUAAAAGAUUAAGAAGUGCAAAGAGAGCAGUUAGAGCAGUUAUUGUCAUCUAAUAGCAUGCUAAGAUCCACUUUUCUGAUGUUAUAUUUGAAGGAGGACAACGUGGAAGCUUUUUUCACGUUACUAGGAACAGAACUCCAUACCUUUGGGCCCAUAUACCUGAGCGAGUGCUUUCCAAAGGAGACUGUGUUGAAUCUGGGUAUAGUGAAGUCAUGAUUGCGCAGUUCAUACUUAAUUGCAGGCUGUUCAAAGAUAGUGCUAAUGUAUGUUGGGCACACGUUGUUUUUAACUUUAUACAUGAGAAUAGCUAUGUCCUGUAGUCGCCGGUUGUGUAGAGUAGAUAGCCCGGCCGGUCGUGUAGAGUAGAUGGUAAUUGACCAAAGGACGAAUGUUUAUCACAAUAUAUAGCCCUAAGUGCUCUUUCCUGCAUAAGGCAAUUUUUUUGUAAAGAUGAUAGGGCAAGCACUUUUUCCAAUCUACAUUUUCUUCCGCUGAAUUAAAUCUUUAAUCAUGCUUAGAUAGUUGUGGAAACCCUCUGAUAGUGUUUAUUUUAACAGUGAGAACUAGCCUGUGAAAGGAAAGGCUCUGUGGCCGACUUGUUACAAGUGUGUUGCAAGAACAUAUUCUCAUCCUAACAGUCCUUUCUUGGCUUUCAGUCAUGCACCAUUUAGAUAAAGACAAACAAGGGCCCCCAGGGUGAUUUAUAAUGAACAGUUAACUAAGAAGCAGCUAUUGCACAAUUUUUCUUGAUAAACAACAUAAUUAUUUAUCUGAUCACUAAAUAAAAUAGUACAAUGUGCUAAACAAUUUGGUUUUAAAGUUCUAAAACACAAGAAAACUUUUAAGAAACUGUUUAAAAUUAGGCAUAUAUUAUAAGAAAACUGGCCUAAUUUAGAUUUAUUGCAAUGUUAUGGACAACUGAGUUGCUGAUAAAUAAAAUAAUAAAUGAAAAACAGCCAAUAGUAUUCUUUUGCAUCAUACUACAGGGGCAAGUGGUUGUUGAUGAUGACAACUGGAUUUUGCAGUAUGUCACCUUCAACAGGGUGGGUAACAUAAUAGCUUGAGCAACAGUAAUAUUCUAGUUUACUAGCUAUUCCUAACAUAUGCAUAUGGUAUCUUAGUUUACUUGGUUAUUGACAUUUAUAAAAUAACUGAGAUAGUACGCGUGAUCUGAUUGGUCAAAAACCUAUGGUUUAUUAUACCGGUAAACCCAUAGAAAAAGGCAUCCGGACCACGAGCCAUAAACAGAACCCGCUAUUGAUCUGCAAACAACGAUUUUAGAAAGGCUAAAAACCAGAACAAGUUACUUACCUUAGCCCUUCUUAAUAUUAAAAGCGUUGGUUUCCACAUUUUAUUACUGAGGGUCACAAUUGGCGAAUGCCAUAGCUUUAGAAGUUAUAAAGUACAAAGCUGGAAAGCAGUUUACAUUGCCGACGAUGCCAAAUCGCAGAGAAAGACAACAACUGUGUGAAUUUCUGGUGUAGAAAGUCUCUUAAAACUUAACCAUGUGCCAACCAGCAACAAAACGGAUAGUUUUAGCAUUCUUGAUUUAUUUUAUGUCAAAAUUAAAUUCCUUAAUGAAAGAAAUUGUCACAAAAAGAGAUCUCUGAUCAAGAUAUGGUACAAAAUCGGCCGCUGUAGGUUGUAAACAAGCUGCCAACGAUGAUGAAAGAUGUCAGAGUUUUGGGCUGUUUUUUUUCCAACAUUUGCGCAAAUUAUUCGGUGAUAUCGAUGCCAUAACCUACCUCAAACCACCUGACUUCACAAAUCGACAAAUAGUAGCGCCAAUAUGUGGCUACGGCAAAGAAACCUUUCUUCACCACUGACAUAUUUCCAUCGGUCGCUGUACGUGCAUAUAAAAUCACAUGCGACAACUUCGCAAAUGCGGCCACGUCGUUACCGCAGCAUUUCUUGAUCAUAAUAAAGUCCAGAAAACAGAUCUUAAACCACUGCGGCUUGUAAAAAGUGAAUGAAGUCCUCCAUUACAAUAGCUGCCAGUUCCGUCUGUAAGCACGAAAUUUUUACCGAUCGACUCAACAAAAUACAGCUGCGUACAGUCUGAUGUUCAAUUAAUUUCUACUUCUGUAGUAAGCAAACCAUGAACGUAUUCUUUCAUUGUAUGUUCGCAUGAAUAUGUGUUGACUUUUCCUGUAAAACACCUUUCAUAAGUUAUCGUAAUGAGCGCAAAAACUCGUGUUUUGAAGUGCUGUCGCUUGUUGUUUGACUGAACUGAGUUUUGAGAAAGUUCAGCGCUAUUAAAUCGUGAGUCAUGAUUGGCUUAUGAUGACUUUUAGAGAGAAGACAUGACUUGAUCACGGUACUCGAAAAGCUUGUAAAUCACUCGCCUUCGGCUCGUGAUUUACAAGCUUUUCUCGUGUUCUCCCAACAUCCCGCGUGGGUUAUCACGCCGGUAAACCCAUAGAAAGUGUGGUCUAUUGCUUAAAUAAUGAGCCAAAUUAAAACUUGCUUCCACUGGUCAUUGAUUCAGUUCUAGUAAAACUCUUUCAUAGUCGGAGAACCUCAUAUUAUAACACAAAAUAAUCAAUUUUAAGUGAGCUUAAGAAUAAUUACACAAUUAUAGCUGUGAGCAGAUAUUGUACUUUAACUCUAUAAAGUACCACAUUCAGUUUCAAUACAACUGUACUACAUGCAGUGUGCUUCUUGCCUUGCCAAAGUUUGACCAAACUAUGUCUGAUUUCAGGUCUGAUCCAAAAUUCUAUCCCCAAUUUCAAACCAGGCCUUGCACUCCACUUUUAAAACAAGACGAGCGCAGCUACUCAAGAAAAUGCUUUUGGGUUGUGUGAUACUCAAAAGUGUACUUCUUAAGGGGGUCUUCUAAAGCAUACAGUCUAUAUAAAGCGUAUAUCACUCUACAUUUCGUUGUUCCAGAUAAGAAAGUACAGCUAAAUAGCUUAUGAUAACCUGUUCUAGGCAUUCAGAUAGUGAGAAGUAAACAAGAAAACAAGAAAAAAUGUCCGUCCUGGUUAUAAGCCCUCCCCUAAGCUUCCAAUAUUUCAUUUAGAAGCUCAGUUAAAAACCAAUAAAUGCAGAAUGUAGUUUGUUUCAAAUCGCUUUUUCUAUUCCAGUUAUAUAGCCCCUUAAAAAAAAAAAACCUUAAAACCCCUUACCCCUGUGAGGUUUGCUCAUGUGUCCUGAACUUCAUGGCGAUUGGUCACUAGACAAUCAACAUUCCUGAAAAUUUUCACGUGUUCACGAUUUUCUCAGUUUGACAGCAAAAUUAUUGAAAACUCUCUCAUUGAGGUAUUGAUGAUAGUAUUUAGUUAGGAGAUGAUAACUGAAAUCUUUACUGUAAUUAGGAGGAUAAACCUCUAAUAGAUAAAGGUCCCCUUCUGGUCCUUUUGCAAAACACUGAAUUGCCACCAUAAGCACCAAACGAUCCAUUGCCGGGUUAGCAUAAACGCUAUUAAAAAAAAAUUAAAACCUACCAGUCGACACCUCAAAAGGAAAAUAAACUUAGGAAAAAACACAACCAGUUGGAGUGAAAGAAUAUAUAUAUUUUAUUUUCCUGUCCACUUGAAUAACACAACACAUGAAUUGUUUCGUUUCAAAAGACGUUUUGAAAUGCGAUAGCGUUUGCAGGACAUCACAUGGAACAAGAUACCUCUUGCUUUCCCAGUGUUUGUUUUCGCCAAACGGUGAACUAACAUAUUAAACUCAGACGAUAAUCUGCCGAUUAAUUGUUUCAGUUCUGCGACCCAACAGUGUGUUCAGCUGGUUUUUGUUAAUGUCUUCUCCUUUUGACUCUAAAUUAUCAAUGAAUCCUAGUUGAGUGAAAACAGCCCAAGGAAGCCACUCUCGGGAGAGAGCUCAAGAAGUAAAAUUCUUGCCCCAGAGGAGCGAUGAGGGACAAAAUCCGUUAUGAGCAUGAGCAGUGAUAUUUUUAACUUCUGUACUUGCGUGACCGCAUGUCAGAAAUUUUCUGACAUCUGCUAACGGCUGCUUCCAGAGCCCCUCGUUUCAAGAUCACGUGACCAAGAAACGACGGGCUCUGGGGACAAGAAUGUGUGUAUUCAAUCACCAUAACAGUCAGAGCGCAUGCUCGAUAAUACAAACAUGGGAGGUGGGGACGGUACACCUAAAUAUUCACAUAUACUAUAAGAUGUUAUGUUAGCAAGCAGUAUUUUGUAUUUUGUAGGGGGCUUAAAAGCCGCCUUAUGAGGCAAGCAUGACAACAAUAUCUAUCUUACUAUUUCAAGCAAAUACUAUUACAGUAAGCCGUUUCAGAUGUAUUCUGGGAUAUUGAGACGGCAGUAAAGAAGUGCCCUUGAAAAUAUUAAUCAGGGAUGAGGGGGGAAGUGGAAGAUCUGCUUUACCAAGAUAUUAAGCGUUACAAGAAAUAUACUCCAAGAGAUAUGUGUAAUAUUCUUUUACAGUCUGCCCAAAUAUGACAAUCUUGAAUGAGACUUCAGGAGUCAUCACCAGUCCUUUCUACCCCAGAUAUUAUUCUAAUAAGCAAAGCUGCAGCUGGGAAAUCAGGGCAAGAAAAGGAAAACGAAUUUCAUUAACUAUUGAAGACAUGGAUUUUGAGGACAUGGAUAUUGAUUCGUCAGGUGAUUGGGCGUGCGGCGAAGAAUGGUCUUGCUCUUGUGGGUAUUUGGAAAUUCAAGGUGGAUCCAUUUCAGGCUAUGAUGGUCCCAAAUGGCGUUUAUGUUCCGUUCCUUUAACAGCCAACGCAACGGAUGUUUGGUUUAAAGAGAGAAUUAAAGUACUAUUUGUCCCCGACAGUACUUUAGGAUGGGGCUCUAGAUUUAAAAUAUCAUAUACUCAAGUUACCUGCGGUGUAUCUGGUAAG